AUGCGGUCAAUCGUGAUAGCAUUCCUCUUGUUAUUUUGCGACCUUGUCGCUGCAGUGACAUUUGACAUUCCGCAAGAUACCUCGCUGAGCGCGCUUAUGAAUAUGAUGCGGGAUAGCAAGGAACAGCUGAACAGCGCCAAAUUCAAUCCCGAUGCCAACCUUAAUACAGUGCAAUUGAUAAGAAAAGCUGGUUAUCCCGCGGAGGCUCAUGUUAUACAGACGCAGGACGGUUACCUUUUAACCCUUCAUCGUAUCCCAGGUGACAAGCAUCAGCCCGUGUUGUUGCAGCAUGGUUUGUUGUGCAGCUCUGCUGAUUGGGUCAUUGCCGGCAAGGAUAAAGGACUUGCUUUCAUAUUGGCUGAUCAGGGCUAUGACGUUUGGUUGGGCAAUAUUCGUGGGAAUACUUAUUCAAGAGCGCAUGUUUCUUUAUCUCCAUCGGAUUCAAGAUUUUGGAAUUUCAGCUUUCAUGAAAUGGGCAUCUAUGAUUUACCUACGAUGAUUUCGUAUAUCACGAAUACGACGUCACAUCCAUUGCACACAUACAUUGGUCAUUCGAUGGGUACAACUGCUUUUUAUGUAAUGGCAGCGGAACGUCCAGAAAUUGCUCCAAUGGUGCAAAUGAUGAUUAGUCUCGCGCCUGCAGUUUUUGUGAACCAUAUGAAAAGUCCAAUACGAUAUUUUUCUCGUUUCGCAUACAACUUUAAGAAAAUCGCAGAGUUCUUCGGCGAAGACGAGUUUCUGCCGCAGAACAGUGUGCUACAGUUUCUGUCUAAGUAUGGCUGUGAGAUAUUUGAUAUUGAGAAAGCGAUCUGUGCCAACUUGAUAUUCCUAAUCUGUGGAUUCGACAAAGAACAGUUCAACUACACUCUGCUACCAGUAAUUCUGAAUCACGACCCAGCCGGCGCCUCGACCAAAACGCUGGUGCACUUCAGCCAGGAAAUCGAAUCGGGCAAAUUUUGUCAAUACGACUAUGGACGCGAACAAAAUUUGCUGAUUUACAAUGCAACGGAACCGCCGAACUACAAUUUAACGAGCAUCACCGUGCCAGUUGCGAUAUUUUACGCCGAUAACGAUUGGUUAGCCAAUAGUCUGGAUGUGAAGAAACUUUACCACCUGUUACCCAACAAAUUAGAUAUGUACAGAGUACCGUUUCCUAAAUUCAAUCACCUGGAUUUCAUCUGGGGCAAGGACGCGCCUGAGCUCGUGUACAAGAGACUGCUUGAGAUUAUGAAGAAGAUUUGAAACUGUUAAAGAUUAUGAAGAAGAUGAAUGUGCCAUAACGGUAAUAAAGAUAAGAGAUGACACCAAAUCUUUUCAGUGUUAUUGUGAUCAUAAAUUAAAAAUAAUUCAGCUUAUACUAUUUUAUAAUAGUUUGUGUAAGUAUAUUAGAAUGGUACUAUUUUGGCACUUUGAUCGUUAUUUUGACAUGAAACUGGAUGAAUUUUAU